UCUUUCCAAAUUGCUUUGCAGAAUGUGGGACCUUUCCGAGUGGCUGUGCGUGAAGACAACUGCAUAGUCGUUUCCCUCGAGGCAGCCGAUGUGGUGGGCUCGUCAUCCUCAGUGUAUGUGGUGAAGAUCACUGGUGAAUCCAAGAACUAUUUUUUCCAGUUUGAUGAAUUCAACAGCACUUUCCCUGCCCCCGUGGUAUUUAAUGCCACCUACCAUGGCCUAUAUUACAUAGUAACUUUGAUGGUGGUGAGCACUAACAUGGUUUCCAAGCCUGCUAGAUCAGUCACUGUGUUAACCAAACCCCUCCCUGUGACCAGUGUUUCCAUCUAUGAUUAUAAACCAUCACCUGAAACUGGAGUAUUGUUUGAAAUCCAAUAUCCAGAGAAGUACAAUGUUUUCACCAGGGUGAAUAUCAGCUACUGGGAAGGGAAAGAUUACCGGACGAUGUUAUACAAAGAUUCCUUUAAAGGCAAAACCGUGUACAAUCACUGGCUGCCUGGAAUAUGUUACAACAACAUCACUUUUCAGCUGGUGUCCGAAGCGACAUUCAACAAAAGCAUCCUGGUGGAAUACAGUGGGGUGAAGCACGAACCCAAGCAGCACCGGACAGUUCCUUAUCCUCCCCGAAACAUUUCAGUGCGUAUCAUACAUAGGAACAGCCACGAGAACUGGGAGGAACACAGUGGGAACUUUCCAGAAGAACCUUUCCUGGCAACCCAGAAUGUCUUGGAGCAGGAGAAAAUCCCCCACGUCGUGAAUGACUUGCCCGAACUCCCGACAGCGAACUCGUCCCUCCUGUGGCCGGAUGACCACUUCAACAGUAGCGAUUAUGAAACCACGUCUCAGCCAGAUUGGUGGAUUAAUGAGGCCGACCCUCCUGAAAACGAGGAUGAGUUUGUGAAUGCGAUGCCAAGAGAUUAUGAGAACCUCAGCCCUGCGGUGGAAUUUGAUCAGCCGACAGCAGCCGCCCCCUCACUCCUGCCAGUGCAAAUGGUGCUGAGCUGGCUGCCUCCCAAGCCACCCACGGCAUUCGAUGGCUUCCACAUUCAUAUAGAGAGGGAAGAAAAUGUCACAGAAUUCCUGACAGUCGGCGAGGACAUUCAUGAAUUUGUUGCGGAUCUGAACGAACCAGGGAAAUACACUAUAUCUGUUACCACAUUUAGCUCCUCUGGUCCGUGUGAAGUUCGGGAAAGCCAGUCUGCCAAAACUCUUAGUUUUUACAUUAGUCCUACAGGGGAAUUGAUAGAAGAGCUGACGGAGAAGCCUCGGAAUGUCGUGGUGACUGUCCUGAGCUUGACCACGGCCUCGCUCUCUUGGACCGCAUCCCAGGAGAUGAGCAGCAGCAGCAGCACAAUUGUGUCCGUGAUGUCCUUAACGUGCCAGAAGCAGAAGGAGAACCAAAGGCUUGAAAAGCAUUACUGCACUGAGGUGAAUUCAAGCAGCAACUUCAUCGAAAACCUAGUUCCUGGUGCUCAGUACCAAGUUGUGGUUUACUUACGGAAGGGACCACUGGUUGGGCCUCCUUCUGAUCCUGUUACAUUUGCCAUUGUGCCAACCGGGAUAAAGGAUUUAACACUUUAUCCAUUGGGCCCCACUGCUGUGGUUCUCAGCUGGAACAGGCCAUACCUUGGUGUCUUCCGGAAAUACAUAGUAGAAAUGUUUUAUUUCAACCCGUCAACCAUGACCUCAGAGUGGACGACAUACUACGAAAUAGCAGCUACCGUCUCUUUAACAUCAUCAGUGAGAAUAGGCAACCUGCUUCCUGCCUGGUAUUACAACUUCCGUGUCACGAUGGUGACCUGGGGAGAGCCGGAACUCAGCUGCUGUGACGGUUCCACCAUCAGCUUCAUAACAGCUCCCGUAUCCCCCGAAAUCACAUCAGUGGAAUACUUCAAUAACCUCCUCUACGUCAGCUGGAUCUAUGGUGAUGACAACACGGACCUUUCCCAUUCUAGGAUGCUGCACUGGAUGGUCACUGCAGAAGGAAAGAAAAAGAUUAAAAAGAGCGUGACCCGGAAUGUCAUGACGGCAGUACUCAGCCUGCCUCCUGGGGACAUCUACAACCUCUCAGUAACCGCUUGCACUGAAAUGGGUAGCAACACUUCUGCACUUCAGAUUGUGAAAGUUGACCCGGCUCCUCCAAGAUCGCUCUUUGCUGUGAACAAGACCCAAACCUCCGUGACUCUUCUCUGGGUAGAAGAGGGAGUAGCUGAUUUCUUUGAAGUCUUCUGCCAGCAGGCUGGCUUGGGGCAAGACCCAAAAAUUCAGGAGCCUGUGACAGUUUCCUCACACGUCGUGACCAUCUCCAGCCUCCUGCCUGCCACGUCCUACAACUGCAGCGUCACCACCUUCAGCCACAACAGCCCCAGCGUCCCGACCUUCAUCGCAGUUUCCACCAUGGUUACAGAGAUGAAUCCCAACGUGGUGGUGAUCUCAGUCCUCGCCAUUCUGAGCAUCCUCCUUAUCGGGCUGCUGCUUGUAACACUCAUUGUACUUCGGAGGAAACACCUACAAAUGGCCAGGGAAUGUGGAGCUGGAACCUUUGUGAAUUUCGCUUCAUUAGAGAGAGAUGGAAAGCUUCCAUACAACUGGCGUAGGAGCGUCUUUGCUUUCCUAACUUUGCUACCCUCCUGCCUCUGGACUGAUUAUCUCUUGGCAUUUUAUAUUAACCCUUGGAGUAAAAAUGGACUGAAGAAGAGGAAGCUGACCAAUCCGGUCCAGCUGGAUGACUUUGACAGCUACAUCAAGGAUAUGGCAAAAGAUUCUGAUUACAAGUUUUCUCUGCAGUUUGAGGAACUGAAGAUGAUUGGGCUGGAUAUCCCGCACUUUGCAGCUGAUCUCCCCAUGAAUCGAAGUAAAAAUCGCUACACAAAUAUCUUACCGUAUGAUUUCAGCCGUGUCCGACUGGUUUCAAUGAAUGAAGAAGAAGGAUCUGAUUACAUUAAUGCCAACUACAUCCCUGGCUACAAUUCUCCACAAGAGUACAUUGCAACCCAGGGGCCGCUUCCCGAGACGAGGAACGAGUUUUGGAAGAUGGUCCUGCAGCAGAAGUCGCAGAUCAUUGUUAUGCUUACGCAGUGCAAUGAGAAGAGAAGGGUAAAAUGUGAUCAUUACUGGCCUUUCACAGAAGAGCCAGUUACUUACGGAGACAUCACGGUGGAAAUGCUGACUGAAGAGGAGCAAUCCGAUUGGGUGUUUAGGAAUUUCAGGAUCAGCUAUGCAGACGAGGUGCAGGACGUGAUGCAUUUUAAUUACACCGCUUGGCCCGACCAUGGAGUCCCUCCCACGAACGCAGCAGAGAGCAUCUUGCAGUUCGUGCAGACGGUCAGGCAGCAGGCGGCAAAGAGUAAAGGGCCCAUGGUCAUACACUGCAGCGCCGGCGUGGGACGGACGGGGACGUUCAUCGCCUUGGACCGGCUUUUACAGCACAUUCGGGAUCAUGAGUUUGUAGAUAUACUGGGGCUGGUGUCUGACAUGAGGGCUUACCGGAUGUCCAUGGUUCAGACAGAGGAACAAUUCAUUUUUAUUCACCAGUGUGUGCAAUUAAUGUGGCUAAAGAAGAAGCAGCAGUUCUGCAUCAGUGAUGUCAUAUACGAGAAUGUCAGCAAGUCAUAAUGCCAAGUCACAGGCGCAGCUGUUUUGCAGUACGUGGACACAUGAAAAAGACGAUACUUUACAUCCAGAAGCUCUGGGGAGACAUAGCCUUAAGGAACCUGCAGUGUCUUGUUUGAACUUUCUGGACUUCUUUUCCAUUUAAAGUUAGUAACUCUGGACCAAAUUCAACACAGGGACAUUAAAAGGAAGGGUGUGAUGGUGCAUACAGCUGUACAGUGUUCCAGGAAGGUUUUCUGCCAUCGUUUUGUUUAUAUUUUCAAGUCUCCUUAAUGGUUCAUUUUCAGCAUGCAGCUUGAACUUAAAGGUUACAGAAAGUGCAAUAUUCAAGGGUCCGUCUGAGCAUUAUCAAGCGUUCCCAGGUUCCUCUGGUGAAGUCUGUGAAAGGUAGGAACCAGCAGGGUACGUCAUUAGCAUGCAGUAAGGCAUGAGAAGCCUAGGAAGGCUGAGCAAAGAAGGGCCACACUGACUUGACCCUCUGAUCCUCAUGGGAAAGCUCUCAUGUAGAGCUUCAAGCGAUGCCUUUGCUCUCCAGAAAUGGACUGACCAAGCUAAAAGUUGGAGGAUUCUUAGGCUUCAACCUCAAGUCCAGCAUUUGAGGUCAAUGGUUGAUUGGCUCAGAGAUUCAUGCUGAAAUUUCAGAGGUUAAGGUAGUUUAGGACAUUCAAGUUUCAGGGCAAAAAUGCCCUUUUGUCUGUUUAACCAGCCUUUGCCAGGAAGCAAAAGCACCCCAUGUACCUGGAUAUGGAGCACAACUACGAAUGGACACGGCAUGUGCCAUCUGUGGACAAUCGCUUGGGAAGAGCAGCAGCAUCGCCGUACCUGCGGAGUUGUCCGAGUCCGUCUUUGCUGCCAAUACUGCUUCCAGUUGCUUGUUUUAUACAUUCCUGUGCAUUUACACUGUGUUUAAAAAGCAAACAAAAGGAAGCUUUGUCCAUGUUGUGGGGGACAAGGGGUAUCUGGGGCAGUGGCAGAUGCAAAUUCAUGGCUUUGACAAGCUGGGAAAUGCAAGCUGCAGAACUGAGGGUUUCUUUGGGCAUGUUAAGAGCAUCGAAAUGACUUCAUUCUCCAGCAAUGGGACCCAAGUGUCAGUCUUCUUUUACUGCAGGGUAUUUCUCUUGGAACGGUUAGCAUAACUUGCUGUUUUUCCUUUGCCUCAUCUUGUUUUGUUUUAUGCGUGUUGUCAUGCUGUGACACAGAUAUAGUCAGCGCUGGCAUUACUGGCAUUUUUAAUGUCCACCUUUUUCUGCCCUUUAAUUUGACUUCCACUGCACUGAAAACUCCCAAAGGAAGCAGCACUUGAUAUACACAAAGCAACAGGAAACACGGGAAGAGGAAAGUCGGCAUGUUCAAUCUAUGGUCAGCGUGGCGAAAACAAGGCACUUCCUGCUUCUGUGAGCACGACAGAGUAUG